CCUCUUUACAAAAACAACCCACCUUCAUAAAUGCAUACGAUUUGCCAUGUUUCGUCGCCAUCGAAGCACCGUCCCCGUCGCCUACCAGCGCGGCAUCCACCACCAGCAGAGCGUGCUGAAUGCUGUACAAGAAAUCCGCGAGCGCCUGAGCUACGUGUCCGGCCUUUCCGCAUCCCACAACGAUGCCAAAGCGUUGGUGGCCAACGCGCUGCAGCCCCCGCUUUUGUCCAGCAACAAUCUCUUCUUCCACAAUGAACGAACGUUAACGGUGCACGAGGCUGCACUACUAAGCUCCAGCGUAGAGCGACGCUCAAAGGGAGAACCGCUGGCUUACGUUAUCGGAAGGAAGGAGUUCUGGUCUUUAGAGUUUAAAGUGACUAGUGAUACCCUCAUCCCUCGCAGUGACAGUGAAGUGCUAAUUGAAACGUUGGUGGAUCAGUUUCACUCGGAGACGCCAUUGCGGAUUCUGGAUAUUGGCACGGGGUCGGGAUGUUUAUUACUGUCGGCUUUGUCCGAGUUUCCUCGUGCUACGGGGGUUGGAAUUGACAUUAGCCCUGGGGCACUUACAGUUGCGAAGCAGAAUGCUCAAUCUAACGAUUUGGACGGACGAGCGAAAUUUCUACAUCGAGAUCUGAAAACGCUACCGGGACUUCGAAGUGAUGCGGCUGGAGCCGAGACGCUGUAUCGGCGCUUCGAUGUGAUUUUGUGUAACCCGCCGUAUAUCCCGAGCCGGGAAGUCGAUCUAGUAGGACGCGACGUGCUCCAGUAUGAACCACAUCGUGCGCUGUUUGCUGGUGGCUCGCCAACUGCUGAUGAUAGCGAAAUGGAUCCGGAGGGACUGCGGAUGUAUCGCUUGCUGUACGAGAGUGUCGACAAGCUGUUUAGAAACGGAAGUUGGGAUGCUGGAAAUGCUGGAAAAUUGAGGAAACACUGCCUACUCAUGGAGAUUGGCUCGGAAGACCAGGCUCGAGCAGUCCAGAAACUAUUUACUAGCAGAACCAAAUCAAGAUUUCCACAGAUUGAAGGAAGCAAGAGCUCACCGCUACACUUUGAGCGCUUCUUAUUCGAUGCAAGCGGGAAAUAUCGGGGCCUGCUCUUUGUGAAAUGAUAUUUGAAUUGAUCAUUUUUCAGUCGAUUGUCAUUUUUUCCCAAUUGAAGCCUGUAACUCAUUAAAGAUCACGGUCGGUGUGAGCGCUAUCAUCACUUUUUCACGCUGCUUGACGUAUUGACUAGUCCGACGUUCUAUCAUCUUUAAGGGCACGACGUGCUCAGCAUUGUACGCAUCGCC